UUUACACUUUGUAGGCUUUGAGUAAAAUACUACAAAUACCACUACACACUCAAAAAAGAAAACCUCUUUUGAUUUCUCGUCUCGCUAAAAAUAUCACUCACACUAUUUUAUUUUAUUUUUAUAGUUAGUCUAUGAUAUACCUCACUCAGUUCUCUAAUACUUCCCUUUGUGUGUUGGUGUACAUGAUGAAAUGUGCCAAUAUUUCUCCCUUGUAUUAAUUGAGUGAUUGCCAGUUUUCAACGAAUGUGUGCUAGUGCAAUCUGUGCAAAUCACAGCCAAAAGAAAAGUGAAGAUAGGGGCUGGACCUCAUACAUAUAAUACCAGUUUUAACAAGGGAAAAUAGAAAUUUUAGUUUCCUUUACUACGGAAUAUAUAUGUCAACAGUUGCAGUCAAUUUGGAUGAUUUUAUACGAUUCCUAAAAUUAAGAUAUAUUAAGGCAUGUAUAUCCCUGAUUCCACUACAAAUAUAAUGUGAUUUACCUCUACUCUUGCAAACAAUUUCACUAUUUAUUUAUUUUUUGGUUGAAACAACACUUAUUUGGGACCUGCUAGAUUUAUUACUCCAGUAUAGAGCUGACCAGCUAACUAGUUCUUUUUUUCAAACAAACUUUAUAAACAUCAGAAGUAAUACAAGUAAGAUGCAUUUCAAGAAGAAGACAACUGAUUAAAUAACCAAAGAGAGAAAUUAAUUGUAUAUAGAUGAUGAGGAACUCGUUGUCGUCGUCGUCGUUCUCGUCCUCCUCUGCAAUUAUGGAGAUUGAAGAAGAAAGUGAACCACAAAACGCCAAUGGUAUAGUGGUAUCUGCUCAUGUGGCUUGGAAGGAUGUUAAUGUAAUGGUCACUCUGAAUAAUGGAGAUACAAGAAAUGUAUUAGAAGGACUUACUGGUUAUGCAGAGCCUGGAACAUUCACUGCAUUAAUGGGUCCUUCUGGUGCUGGUAAAUCUACGCUGCUCGACGCCCUAUCUGGACGUCUUGGUUCUAACGCUAUCCUCACUGGAAAAAUUCUCCUCAACGGUCGCAAAGCUAAGCUCUCAUUUGGAACUGCAGCAUAUGUAACACAAGAUGAUACGUUGAUUGGAACACUAACGGUUCGGGAGACUAUUUACUAUUCAGCUCAAUUGCGUCUCCCUGAUAGGAUGCCAUUAUCGAAAAAAAGGACACUAGUUGAGAGCACCAUUACUCAAAUGGGCUUACAAGAUUGUGCUGAUACGUUUAUUGGUAAUUGGCACUUGCGCGGUAUUAGUGGGGGAGAAAAGAGGAGGGUUAGUAUUGCGCUUGCGAUUCUAAUGAGGCCUAGAUUGCUCUUCCUUGAUGAACCAACAAGUGGACUAGAUAGUGCCUCAGCGUUCUUCGUAACACAGGCACUGCAUUGUCUUUCCAGAGAUGGACGGACUGUGAUAGCCUCAAUUCACCAGCCAAGCUCUGAAGUAUUUGAGCUGUUUGACAGAUUAUACUUGCUUUCCGGAGGCAAAACAGUUUACUUUGGUCAAGCUUCUGAAGCAAAUCAGUUCUUUGCCGAAGCAGGAUUUCCUUGUCCUUCUUUUAGAAGUCCAUCAGAUCAUUUCCUUCGGUGCAGUAACUCUGAUUUCGACAAAGUUAAGGCCACUUUAAGGGAGUUGAUCAAAUUUAAUCAGUACAAUGAUGAUCCUCUAAACAAGAUGACAACAGCAGAAGUAAUUCGAAGUCUUGUUGACUUCUAUCGUCAUUCUCAGUACUGCUAUGUAGCAAAUGAAACAGUGGAAGAAAUGUCCAAAGUUGUAAGUUUUAAUGCACCAAACCUUGAUCUUGAAAGGAACAGUGCUAGAUUCUAA